AUGACGACGCAAAAAAGGAGCCAUGCUGGCCAUGGCCAUCACCAUCACCACCAUCACGACAAUGUUUACCUGACCUCCAAAAACAAAAGCGACGCCGGCGUGCGGAUAACCCGCAUUGGACUACUCGUCAACCUGGCAAUGGCCAUAGGGAAAUUUCUGGGCGGCUAUUUCUUCCACUCCCAGGCCCUGGUCGCAGACGCAUACCAUGCACUAACGGACUUGGUCUCCGAUUUCAUGACCCUGGGCACUGUGGCGUGGUCGCUCAAACCCCCGAGCGAGAGAUUCCCCAAUGGCUACGGCAAGGUCGAGAGCCUGGGUGCGCUCGGCGUCAGCUCGCUGUUGCUCUGUGGCGGUGUCUUUAUGGGCCUGAAUGCAGGCCAGGUUCUCUUGUCGCAGUUCUACCCCGACGCCUUCGAGGCAUUACAACAUGCUGGUCUGCUCGUGCACGGCCAUUCGCAUGGGCAUGACCACAACGCCGAGGUUCUAGGCCCGAAUAUCAACGCGGCCUGGCUGGCUGCUGGAUCAAUUGUGGUCAAGGAAUGGCUCUACCGUGCUACAAUGAAAAUCGCAAAGGAACGCAAAUCAUCCGUCCUUGCCUCCAAUGCCAUACAUCACCGCAUCGACUCUCUCACCAGCAUCGUCGCUUUGGCGACCAUCGCCGGCGCACAUAUCUUCAAAAGCGCAGCGUGGCUUGACCCGGUCGGCGGCCUGGUUAUUUCUUUGAUGGUCAUCCAGGCCGGAUGGGGCAACACCAAGACGGCUCUUCUCGAGCUCGCCGACACCACAGUCGACGACGAAAUCAAAGAUUCCGUUCGUCGCGCAACAUCAAAGACGCUCGCCCAAGUUUCACGACCCGGGGACGUGGAACUUCGAGAUAUCCAAGGAAUGAAAUCCGGACAAAACUACUUGAUGGAAAUCGAACUUGCGGUUCCUGGCUCUUGGACAGUUGAACAAUUCCGCCACAUCGAGGAGACGCUGCGACAAGCAAUCGGCUCGAAAGUUCGCGGCGUGCGGCGAGUCAAAGUGCGCGCUGUGCCGCGCGAGCUCAGCAAUGUCAGUUUCAUUGAGGAGUUCAUCCCUGGAGAUGUGAGCCCGCGGAGCAGUCCUGAGCCGGAAGAGAAUGGACACAACCACCAGCACAAUGGGAAUACAAACAAUGGAGUGCAUAAACGGCACUAA